CAGCCCGGCGGGCCUGUGAGGACCCCGCACAGCCAAGAUGGCGGCGUCCGUGCGACAGGCUCGCGGCAUACUAGGAGUGGCGGCGACCCUGGCCCCGGCGUCCCGUGGCUACCGGGCGCGGCCGCCCCCGCGCUGCAGGCCGGGACCCCGGUGGCCAGACCCCGAGGACCUCCUGACCCCGCGGUGGCAGCUGGGACCGCGCUACGCGGCUAAGCAGUUCGCGCGUUACGGCGCCGCCUCCGGGGUGGUCCCCGGUUCGUUAUGGCCGUCGCCGGAGCAGCUGCGGGAGCUGGAGGCCGAAGAACGCGAAUGGUACCCGAGCCUGGCGACCAUGCAGGAGUCGCUGCGGGUGAAGCAGCUGGCCGAAGAGCAGAAGCGUCGGGAGAGGGAGCAGCACAUCGCAGAGUGCAUGGCCAAGAUGCCACAGAUGAUUGUGAACUGGCAGCAGCAGCAGCAGGAGCGCUGGGAGAAGGCCCAGGCUGACAAGGAGAGGAGGGCCCGACUACAGGCUGAGGCCCAGGAGCUCCUAGGCUACCAGGUGGACCCAAGGAGUGCCCGCUUCCAGGAGCUGCUCCAGGACCUAGAGAAGAAGGAGCGCAAGCGCCUCAAGGAGGAAAAAAAAAAACAGAAGAAGGAGGCGCGAGCUGCUGCAUUGGCUGCAGCUGCGGCUCAGGACCCAGCAGCCUCUGGGGCACCCAGCUCCUGAGGCUUUGUCCCUUCCCAAUAAAGCCUGCUACCCGGCAGUACCCCUGAAGAGA